CGUCACCUGGGUAGGAAGAGGCAGAGCCCGUAGGGUUUGAGGCCAAGGCAGGCUGCCGGCAGAGCCUGGGCCUACUCCGCCUUGCCCCACAUCUGGCUAGGAAAGAAAGGCAAAGGAGGCCUACGGAAGAAAGAUCUAAAUGAAAACAUAAGCUAGGAGAACUGAGGCUUCGAACCUGAAGCUAUCUAAUGAGGAGGCCCAGGAGGCUGAAGAGUGACGGGAAAAUAUCUACAGAAACCAGGGAACCUGGAGCCCGCCCUGGCUUACUCCAAACCAGGAUGAUUCUCCGAUUCAUUGCACUUGCUCUGGUAACAGGGCAUGUAGGGGGAGAGACGAGGAUCAUCAGGGGUUAUGAGUGCAGGCCUCACUCCCAGCCAUGGCAGGUGGCCCUCUUUCAGAAGACACGACUUCUCUGUGGGGCAACCCUCAUCGCCCCCAAAUGGCUCCUGACAGCAGCCCACUGCCGCAAGCCCCAUUACGUGAUCCUCCUUGGGGAGCACAAUCUGGAGAAGACAGAUGGCUGUGAGCAGAGGCGGAUAGCCACUGAGUCCUUCCCGCACCCCGACUUCAACAACAGCCUCCCCAACAAAGAUCAUCGGAAUGACAUCAUGCUUGUGAAGAUGUCAUCUCCCGCCUUCCUUACCCGAGCUGUGCAACCACUCACUCUGUCCCCACACUGCGUCACUGCAGGCACCAGCUGCCUCAUUUCCGGAUGGGGCACCACGUCCAGCCCCCAGUUGCGCCUGCCUCAUUCCUUGAGAUGUGCCAAUGUCUCCAUCAUCGAACACAAGGAGUGUGAGAGGGCCUAUCCGGGCAACAUCACAGACACCAUGUUGUGCGCCAGUGUUCGGAAAGAGGGCAAGGACUCCUGUCAGGGUGACUCUGGAGGCCCUCUGGUCUGUAAUGGAUCUCUUCAAGGCAUCAUCUCCUGGGGUCAGGACCCAUGUGCAGUCACCAGAAAGCCUGGUGUCUAUACGAAAGUCUGCAAAUACUUUGAGUGGAUCCACGAGGUUAUGAGAAACAAUUAGAGGGGGCCUGCUUCCCUCUGCCCAACCUCCCCAACCUCUUCUUAAUGCUUUGACUUCCCUUCCUUCUGCCCUAAGAAGUCCUCAGCUGGGACCCUUGCAUGUACUCUCUCCAACCUACCAUGAGUAUAGUAUUGGGAUGCUCUAACUUGAUGAUCGACCUGCGGCUUGGAAUCAAAUCCUGACUUGAACUAAAUUGUGACUCUGGAUAUGAUCAUCACUGGUUUUGUUUGUUUGGUUGUUUUUUGUUGUUUUGUUCCCAGCUUCGAAGACAGUCCCUGGCAUAUUCCAGGGUUUCAAUAAAUAUUUGUUAAAUGAUAAA